AUGGCAGGAGUGAGGGACCAGAGCCAAGCUAUAUGGCUGGCUGCUGCAACAUCUUCUGUGAAUUUCUUCGGCACUUUCAUUGGUCUGUGGCUGCUUUCCCAAAGGCUCAUUCACUCUCCAGACGUCCUAGUCCCCUCAACUGCAGAUGAAUGCCAGGCUUCCAAUUGUGGAGUUUGCACAAGCAGGUCUGAGUGUGGCUUUUGCUUCAUUGGUGAAGUUGGCAACAUAAUGAACUCUUCCUGUGUAGGAGCAGAUCAUGCAGCAUUCAAUGAG